AUGGCAGGCGUGACUAGGGCUCCACGCACAAAGGACUUUGGAUCUACAUUCAUCCAAUGUCCGAUGUUGACUUCGACAAACUACACAGUUUGGUCGAUGAGGAUGAAGGUUCUACUACGUGUUCAUGAAAUGUGGGACACGAUCGAACCCGGUUCAGAUGAUCAAAAGAAGAAUGAUGUUGCAAUAGCUCGUUUAUUUCAAUCUAUUCCCGAAACAUUGAUUUUCCAGGUGGGAGAACAAACCGCAUCAAAAGAGAUUUGGAACGCCAUCAAGUCGCGACACCUAGGAGCUGAUCGUGUAAGGGAGGCGAGACUUCAGACGUUGAUGACGGAGUUUGAUAGGUUGAAGAUGGAUGAUAACGAUACCGUCGAUGACUUCGCGGGGAAGAUAUCGAGCCUAUUAUCCAAAGCAACCUUGUUGGGAGAAAACAUAGAAGAAUCCAAGAUGGUCAAGAAGUUCUUGAAGGGUCUUCUGAGACACAAGUACAUCCAGAUCGUAGCAUCACUUGAGCAAGUCCUAGGCCUCAACUUGACGGGUUUCGAGGACAUAGUGGGAAGGCUUAAGGCGUACGAGGAACGUGUAGGAGAAGAAACUCAGAAAGAAGACCAAGGGAAGCUGAUGUUUUCGAAAAAUGAAGAGCAUAGUCAGAGGGGCUAUGAGAAAUCAUGUGGUAGAGGAAGAGGAAGAAAUGAUAGAGGCAGAGGUCAAGGUAGGUCACACAACCAAAACCAUGUGUCACACACCGAAGAUAACAACUCGAAGAAGAAUCGUUGA